CCGAUGAGCUUUAGUCGUUAGUUUAGCAUCAUGCGGCAAGGAAGUUUGCGAUCAUUGGUAAUACUAGGCGGAUUGCUCGGCUCCAAUGUCGUCCUGGCGCAGCGCAACGAUGAUGACUUUGUGUUUGAGACAUGUACGGCGCGUGACGGUAGUGGUGGGCAUUGCCGGCUUUCUUCUGAGUGCGAUGAUUCCCCUUUGAUCGACCUUAUAACGAUCGAAUGCUCGAAACAGGACCAUAUAUGCUGUCCAUCGAAACCAAAGAAACGACGCAACGUACUGGCGGGACUCGAUGCACUGCCAGAGUGCAGAUCUGGCUACGGGUACUGUGUCGUCAAGGCAGAAUGUAGUGUACGUGCUUUCCGGUGGCGUGACGAUAGGUGUCCAUCACCUUUUCACGUUUGCUGCGCUAAGGCGUCCGUUGUUGUUCCGGUACAUUCCACUACAGCACACCCAUCCACUACUACGACCGCAGACGUACCAUCGGCUACCAGUUCAAUACUGACGCUAGAUAAUCCUACCACGAUAAAAACGGAAGCCGCAACAUAUCGUCAACCAGUUACGGAGCUGGAUGAAUCGAACGUCUCAACAUUUCCGAAUAAUGUUGAACUGUUGACCGAACGAUCAGUCCCAGAGGAGGAAGUGAUACCACCAAUACCUGGUGCUGCCUUGCUGAGGGAUAAUUUUACGUUCAAAGGCUGCGGCUAUAGAACGAUGGAUGGGGUAGUGGAGCAGCUGGUACGCAACCAGCUGGACCGUGCCGAAUACGGGGAGAUACCUUGGAUGGUGGCCAUUUUCAGGAGCAUCAAUGGUAGUAGCGUAUCUACGACAUUCCGCCACUGCUGUAAUGGAGCCUUGAUUAGCGAGCGUGCCGUACUGACGACAGCUCAAUGUGUAAGUCGCUGCGGCGGCAGUCAUGUGGAUCAAAUGUUGGUGCGGCUAGGCGAAUGGGAUCUUAACUCUUCCAUUGAACCACUCCAACCGGAAGACUUUAGAGUGCUUACGGUGCAUAAACACAAGGACUUUAAUGUUCACUCACUGAUCAACAAUAUAGCGGUACUUGAGCUGACCGCUGAGAUUCACUACGGACCAACCAUUCAACCCGUCUGUCUACCAGAGGUACAUUACACGUUCAGUAGUAGCCAGGAAACGUUGCUUUUUACUGGCUGGAACGCUACAACUGGAUCAGUGCGGCAGUCUAGCACCGGACGGAACGUUCUCAACCUGGUUUUUCUCCAUCAUCACGAUCGGAGCGUCUGUGAGAAAGAAAUCCGCUACGUACAGAAAAUACCGGCAUUCCUGCUUCACAAAAGCUUCGUGUGUGCCAAUGUGCAGCAUGAGGGAUGGCCCUGUGGGGGUGAAGCUGGAGCUCCGGUGGUAGCAGAAGUGCCGGAGUCGGAUAACCGAUACUACCUGCACGGUUUAGUUUCCCGGGCAUACAAUUGUCAACAGAAUCGAUACCCAAUAACGAUGCUGACUAGCGUGUCCUUUUUCCGCAGCUGGAUCAAACGAACACUCUCUACUAUACAAAAUGCUUCAGGGACUGCCGUUGCUUAUCUGGAGCCAAAGGACUGA